CGUACAUAAGGGGAUUCCUCCCCAGGCGGGGCCAAGCACCGCAGCCUGCCUUUCAGUCGACGAUACCCCAGGAGUAAGCAUUCGCUACAGCGGAUUUUGUGCGGCGUUCUUUUGUUUUUUUUUUCUCUUACUCCAUCGCCGGUCGACCCAGUAUACACGACCAAGCCCCAGUCCUUGAGUUCAUCUGAUAUUUGAGUUGUAAAAAGAACAUUCAUGUCGUCUCAGCAAAAUUGGAGCGAGGAGGACUAUCCGUCCUCGGGCGACGAGCUACGCAACGACCGAGUUCGACGCAACCGCGAACGUAUCACCGCCCGAAACGUCGAGCGCGUGCGCGCUGUCGUCUCCGAGCCGCCCACGCGUGAAGUCAGCGGCCGAGCCUAUGUCGCGGCUCUAAACACAAUCCGUGAAGAUCCAAGCAUACGCGCGCAGCUGCAGCGAAUUGAAGAAGUGUGGACUGUGAAGCGCGACAAGGUGCUCGCCGAUGUCCUGUACACCGAAGUCACGCUUGCCAUCGUGCAGGCGGCCAACGCUAUCGCAAAGGCAGGGCGCAAUUGGGCCGGCGAAGAUGAAGAGCAUUUUGCGGCAUUACAGUCUGCACGAAGUCGGACGGUUGGGAACUUCCAGUGGGCCGAGCCUGCAAACACGCCCACAGAUGCACGACAACGCGACCUGGAUGACACUUCUAGGAAGCGGCUUUCUCAAGCAUAGAGCCACCCCUUCGUUUCUUACUUGGUCCUGUCGGAAACUUCUCGUUCGAGCGUUUAGGUUUCUUCUUGUUGGCGUUUCUAGAUCUAAUGCAUUUUGUACCACGACCUCUGACGAGCACGGGGUAGCGGGAUGGUGUCAGAGCGGCGUCAUGAAUAGGGGAGUUAUUGGGUGUCACGAGAUACCCCAAGUCAGAAUUGGGAAGAAGUCUAACAGUCGUCAUAGACGGAAUGAGAUGUUUUGCAUGCGCGACUGCUUCGCAACUUUUAUUUCUUC